CUGCUAUUGCUCGCGCAGCCCGCGCUUGGCGGAGGCAAGCUAGAACAGAGACAGGAGAAUACGUGCAAAACCAUGGCAAUGGCGAGCAUGAUGGGACUGAGAUUGUUCGUCUCUGUCGCAUGCAUCUUUGCCUUUCAUCCGGUACAUAUUUGGUGCUUAAAUGCCGACGAGGACCAGUCCCAAGAUAUGGAAUGCAAAAUGAAAAGCGUCACCGUGUCUGCGUUGCCGUUUUUGAGAGAGAACGACCUGAGCAUCAUGCACAGCCCAUCGGCCUCCGAGCCCAAACUGCUGUUCUCCGUCAGAAAUGAUUUUCCAGGAGAAAUUGUUGUCGUUGACGAUCUAGAAAACACCGAACUCCCCUUUUUCGUCCUUGAGAUCUCAGGGAACUCGGAGGACAUUCCCCUCGUCCGAUGGAGGCAGCAGUGGCUGGAGAACGGCACUCUUCUCUUCCACAUCCACCACCAGGACGGCAGCGUCAACCUCCCAGGCCAGUCCCCCACCGAAGACCCUGCCAGCGACUCUGCGGAGGAGGAACUACGCAUCCUUCACAUCUCGGUCAUGGGGGGCAUGAUCGCCUUGCUUCUGUCCAUCCUGUGCCUGGUCCUCAUCCUCUACACCCGCAGACGUUGGUGCAAGCGCCGCCGCGUGCCCCAGCCUCAGAAGAGCGCCAGCGCCGAAGCGGCUAACGAGAUCCACUACAUCCCCUCGGUCCUCAUGGGCGGACAGGCCAGGGAGAGCCUCAGGAACUCCCGUGGCCAGGGCCACAACUCCAGCGGCACACUGAGCAUCCGAGAAACGCCUAUCCUGGAUGGCUAUGAGUAUGACAUCACAGAUCUGCGGCACCACCUGCAGCGAGAGUGCAUUAAUGGGGGCGAGGACUUCACCAGCCAGGUGACACGCACUCUGGACUCCUUGCAGGGAUGCAAUGACAAGGCCAACAUGGACCUCACACCAGUAACUGACAACACAAAGCUGUCCCUGAUGAACAAAUACAAGGACAACAUGAUCGCCACCAGCCCCAUUGACAGCAACCUGCAGCAGAACACCCUGCUACCUCACAACACGUCCACCAGCCAACGCAAACGCCUGUCCAGCAACACCCGCGCGGGUUCAACCUUCUUGAACCCAGAGGGGGACUCUGGCACGGAGGCCGACAGCGAACCCCAGCUGACCUUUUACACUGACCCCAACCGCAGCAGGCGGCGUAGCCGAGGUAUGCGAAACGGUAAUGCCAACAGCGCGUGGGGCUCAGGGGCAGGUUCCCCGCGAAGCCCCAUCAAUAAGACCACCCUGACUUUGAUCAGUGUCGUCAGCUGUGUGAUCGGCCUGGUCUACUCCUCACAUGCCUCCUGUGGCCUCAAUGUCCGGGUCAUCCUCCACGUUCCGGAACACCUCAUCGCCGAUGGGUCCAGAUUCAUUUUGCUGCAGGGCAGUCAACUGGACGCAUCUGAUUGGCUGAACCCAGCGCAGGUUCUGCUCUACUACCAACAGAAUGCCAGCGGGCCCUGGAUCAAUGAGCUGUGUGGACGCCGGAUUCUGGACCCCUGUGAACACCAGUGUGAUCCUGAGACAGGUGAUUGUCUCUGCCUAGAUGGCUAUAUGAAGGACCCGGUCCACAAGCAUCUUUGCAUCCGCAAUGAGUGGGGUCCAAAUCAGGGACCCUGGCCUUAUACCAUUUUCCAGCGUGGAUUUGAUCUGGUGAUGGGAGAACAGCCAUCCGAUCGUAUUUUCAGGUUCACGUAUACGCUGGGGGAAGGGAUGUGGCUCCCACUGAGUAAGAGCUUUGUGAUCCCUCCUGCUGAGCUCGCUAUCAACCCUUCAGCCAAGUGCAAGACUGACAUGACUGUCAUGGAGGAUGCCGUGGAUGUGAGAGAGGAGCUGAUGAUAUCCUCCUCCUUUGAUAGUCUUGAGGUUCUGCUGGACUCUUUCGGGCCUGUGAGAGAUUGCACCAAGGACAAUGGAGGCUGUAGCAGAAAUUUCCGUUGCAUCUCUGACCGCAAGCUCGACUCCAGUGGAUGUGUGUGCCCUCCUGGACUGAGCCCCAUGAAGGAUGGCACAGGAUGUUACGACCACCACAUUGGCAUUGACUGCUCCGAUGGUUUCAAUGGAGGCUGUGAGCAACUGUGUCUCCAGCAACUGGCCCCCCUUGAGGAAGACCCUACCCUCUACAACAUCCAGAUGUUCUGUGGCUGUAUUGAAGACUACAAGCGGGGCCAGGACGGUCGAUCGUGCCAGCCUUUGUCUGAGGCUUGCACUGAGGGACUGGACUGUGGAGAGACUGCUGACAUCCCAGCCAACCAGACGGUGUUUGGCGACCUGUUCUAUGGCUACAACAACCACACAAAAGAGAUUACCUCAGGACAGAUCCUCAAGGCUACAUUCAGGCAGAAGAACUUUGCUCGGGGCGUCGAGCAGCAGCUCCCAGAUGGCAUGGUGGUGGCAUCCGUGCCAACCGAGGCUCAGUGCCACGAGGAGCUGUCUGACCCAGUGCCUGACCCCGAAUAUCUCACAGGGAGGGUGAACUACAGCGAGGUGGCCGGCUAUCCACUCAUUCAGAACUGGAGGCUGAGAUCCAUUCUCUACCACGUGAAACUCAACCAGUGGGUUCUCUCUCAAGCCUUCAGCUCGGCCAUCCACUCCCUGGACGGAGCCACUCUCCGCAACGACUUUGUCUCCAUCCUCAGGGAGUUUGGGAAUCACUUCGUCCAAGAGGCGGUGUACGGCUUCGAAGAGAGCUGCACCAUCUGGUACCCUAACAAGCAGGUCCAGAGGCAGCUGUGGCUGGAAUACCAGGACAUCAGCAAAGGCAACUCUCCAUCAGAGGAGUCGGAGGAGCGGGACAAGGAGCCGCGCACGCUGACCUACCCGGCCUACAUUGCCAGCCUGCUGGACACGGGCGCCAAGCGCCUGGCUGCCGGGGUGCGUAUGGAGUGCAGUAGCCAGGGACAGUGCCCGCGGUCCUGCCACCUGUGUCACAUGAGCCCCGGGCCCGGGCGGCCCACCGAGCCAGUCCUGCUGCAGAUCACCAAGGCUGGCCCGCUCUACGAACUGGUCUCCAACAACGAGACUUACCAGUCUCUGAUGGAGGCCAUGAUGAGUAUCCUGUGGUGUUCCGGGAAAGGUGACGUCAUUGACGACUGGUGUCGCUGCGACUCCGUUGCCUUCGGGACUGACGGACUGCCCAUGUGUGCCCCUCUCCCGCAACCCAAGCUUAGGCUCUCCCACUCUUACGAGCCCAGCAGCUCAUUGGUCAUCAUGGAAUGGAAUCAUACAGAGCCACCAAUCGGGGUGCGCAUUGUCGAUUACGUCAUCAGCCAGGAGAAAGUGACAGAGAGGAUGGAGCACUCGAGGGUAGAGACAGAGACCGUGUUUAGCUUUGUGGAUGACAUCCUGUCUGGGGCCAAGUCUCCCUGCGUAAUGCUGGGGGAUGUCCCCGACCUCCUGACUUCAUCCAUCAGCAUGAUCAUCCGCUGUCUGGAAGCCGACACCACCUACAUGUUCAAGCUCUGGGCGGUGGAUAACACGGGCCGUCGCUCCCGUCCCAGUGAGGUCAUCAUAAAGACCCCAUGCCCAGCAGUGGAUGACGUCAAAGCACAAGAGGUUGCAGAUAAGAUAUACAACCUGUUCAAUGGCUACACCAGUGGUAAGGAGCAGCAGACAGCGUACAACACCCUGAUGGACCAGGGAGCUCCUACUCUGCACCGCGUCCUCUACCACUACAACCAGCAGUACGACAGCUUCGGAGAAUUCACCUGGCGCUGUGAGGACGAACUGGGACCCAGGAAAUCAGGUCUAAUCUUGUCUCAGUUGGACUACCUGAGUGGUUGGUGCCGGGGACUUCUCCAGGAGCCUAAGAUUGGCCUCCGCAGAGUGUCCCUCAAGUACCUCUCCUGUCGCUACACGGACACCAAAUCCUUCGGACUCAACUGGGUUGAUUUGGGCCAGGAGAUCAGGAAAGCCUGUGAUGAGCAGCUUCUUCCUGUCCUGUACAAUGAUUACGGGGAGCCUAAGGAACUCUGAAUGUGACACAUGAAGCCUGGUAGUUUGAUGGGGUUCUCAUUAAAGGUAGGCUUUGGAGAAAGUUGCCUCGUCUGUGGUCUCUGUGUAUUUGAACCCUUACUUGCGGUUAUAGGAACCUGAAUCCUAGGUAUCAUAGAGGGCGUAUUUUCCUUAUUAGACUAAAAAAGAGACUAACAAUGUUCAAUUCAUAUUUGGAUUCAUGUAGUACAAAAUUAUGCAAUAAUUAAGGUCAUUUUGGAAGGUGGGAAUAGAACGAUAAUGACAUUAUUGUAAAUGUAAUUAUACAUGUUGAAUGUAGUAUUCCAGUAUAAAGUCAUUAUUACGCUGUACAGGUUUUCUUAUGAAAACACACAAACAGCAUUUAGUUGCUAUUUCAGAUAUUUGGGAGCUUCUGUACUUUCAAACUUGUAUGUAUGUUAAAAGUAAUGUUAAAAGUAAAUGUUGCCAAAAGAUGUGACAGUAGUUUCUCCAUCAUUGAUAUUCUAACCAUUCCUAAAUCAGCAAUCUCACUAAAUAUAUAUAUUUUUUCUUUUAAAGAUAAGAUACAUUUAACAAGUCUUAUACUUAAUAAAUGAAGUGCUAUAGGUGUCUCUAAGUAUCUGGAUACAAAAGUUUAAACUAGCUUGUCAGUAUUGGUUUUUUAAUAUUUUUCCCUGCCUAACUAUAUUUUUUCUAAUGAACAGUUUUUUCAUGAAGCAAUUUCUAUUUAAGAAAUAAAUAUCAAUAUGAUUAUUUUCUUCAUAAAACAAUACUGUCCUAUUCUAUGGUAACAUAAUUAAUCUGAAGUGUGCAUCUGAAAUUAAACGUGUAGAUAUUUGUAUAGGCAGAUUGAUACAUACAUGCAACAAAUUGCAGCACAGUACAGUGAAUGCUUCUGUAAAUAUUGUAUUUCACAUUGUUUUAUUCUAACAUUAUAUAUUUUUGGCAUUGGUGAUCAUUUCUGGAAGACGAGGGUAGUUUGUCAUUUGAGCUUGCGAAUGCCAUUCGACACAUUUGUAUUUUAUGCAAGGAUCCCUGGAGAUUAUAUCUAUAUUAUAAGUGAGCAUUCAUCAUAAUACAUACAGUUUUGUGACUUUUGUAUUUGUUUUUAUUUUGUUCUAUGUCCAACAGAUCUAAUUAGUGAAACAGUUUUGUUUCUCAUGUUUGAUUAAAGACUGGUUUGAACAAUUCUGUUAGAUGGUAACGAGACUAAAUCUGCAUGUUAUACAAUGUCUGUGACUGAUAUAAUGUUAACUUUUUCACUUUGAUCUUUGCUAUUUUAAAGAAUAAUAAAUGAUAUAUUAUGAAA